GGCAGCCUGGAGCAGAGCCGGCUCAAGUGUCAGUACCAAAUCAAAUCGAGUAGGAAAUUAUUUGUUGCUGUGUGCAUUUUGGAAACUUGGAAGUUCCUAGCACAUUUAUCGUCGCUAUAGCCAACCCAACGAAGGACCAUAGCCGCAUAAUGGAGUUCGCCUUCGACAUCCAGAACCUCUUUCCGCAGACGAUCAUCAGCGUGCAGGCUCACAACCUGCAGGUCGUGGCGCCGCAGCAGCCCCACCGCGGCAUCCAGUCGCAACAGCGGGCGGUGCCACCCAGCUGCCGGCUGAGCCAGAUCCUGGACUUAAUGGGCCAGAGGUCGGCAGUGGCCCAGAAACUGAACCACCCGGUGACCUCCGCCGAGAAGCUGGUGGACACCGACCAUGUGGUCUACCUGAAAGCGGACUCGGACGGCGCAUCGGGACGCUGGGCGGUCUCCGGGCUGCUAAAGGUCGGCACCAAGGACCUCUACCUGUUCGACAAGGAGGGCUGCUGCCGCCGCGCGGACCGCACACCGGCCAUCCUCGACUUCUACGUGACCGAGUCACGCCAGCGCCGUGGCGUGGGUAAGCAGCUCUUCCAGCGGAUGCUCGACGACCAGGGCUGGACUGCCUGCAAGUGCUCCGUGGACCGGCCCUCCGACAAGAUGCUCGCCUUCCUAAGCAAGCACUACGGCCUGGUACGCACCAUUCCGCAGGGCAACAACUUUGUGAUCUACGAGGGCUUCUUCGAUGACGCCAAAGCCGCUAAGGAUGCCAAGGAUGCCAAGGACACCAGUGCCUGUCUCAGCCGCGGUCAUUAGGUAACAUACGACUUGGACCGACCUCGCCGAACUUUUAAGUCUGGGUUUGCCUCCCUCACAAAAACACAAUAUUUUGGCAUGAUUUUAUAAAUUGUUAAUAAGUUUGUGUUAAUAACUUUGGGUA